AUGAUAAAAACAGAAGUGGAGAGGCUCUGGCUUUUAGCUCUGCUUUCCAAAUGCGAAUCCCUCACUCUCCAAAACACCAUAAUCAUGGCAUCCAUCUUCCUCCUCUCCGGCCUCAUCCUCCACCUCACCUUCUGGGCCCACCCCGGCGGCCCUGCUUGGGGCAAGCACAAAUGGACCCUUAACCACAAAACAUCACCACCAAUCCCGGGCCCACGUGGACUCCCGCUCAUAGGCAGCAUGGGCCUCAUGUCCGGUCUGGCCCACCGCCACAUAGCAGCGGCGGCCCUUGCACACAAGGCCCGUCGUCUCAUGUCCUUCAGCCUCGGCCAAACACGCGUCAUCGUCACGUGCGACCCGGAGGUGGCCAAGGAUAUCCUCAACAGCCCGGCCUUCUGCGACCGCCCGGCUAAGGAGUCGGCCUACCGCCUCAUGUUCAACCGCUCCAUCGGAUUCGCACCGUAUGGUGCCUACUGGGCGGCUCUGCGCCGGAUCUCGGCCGCCCACCUGUUCUGCCCGCGCCAGAUCCGGGCCUCCGAGCAGAAGCGCGCGGAGAUAGCGAGCGAGCUGGUCGGGGUGCUGGCCGGGUCGGCAGCGGGGAUCCGUGUCCGGGACGUGCUGAAACUUGCAUCGCUGAACAACAUGAUGUGGUCGGUUUUCGGGAGGAGUUACGGACUCGGGUCGGUCGACCCGGAAACAGAGGAGCUUAGGGAUUUAGUGGACGAAGGGUACGAUUUGCUGGGGAAAUUGAACUGGUCGGAUCAUAUUCAUAUUCCCUUCGUGGCAGAUUUGGAUCUGCAGAGGAUCCGGUUGAGGUGCGGGCGGAUAGUGCCCCGGGUGAAGCGGUUUGUGGGUCGGAUAAUUGCAGAGCACAAGGUGGAGAAAUGCAGCAGCAGCAGCGGCGAUUUCGUGGAUGUUCUGCUGUCGCUUAAAGGGGCUGAUAGAUUGUCGGAUUCGGACAUGAUCUCCGUGCUUUGGGAAAUGAUAUUCAGGGGCACAGACACGGUGGCAGUUGUAAUAGAGUGGAUAUUGGCAAGAUUAGUGUUGCACCCUGAUGUUCAGCUGAAGGUCCACGGUGAGCUAGACCAGGUGGUGGGGCGAUCAGGUGCGGUGACGGAAUCGCAUCUCACGGAGCUUGUCUACUUGACGGCAGUAGUGAAAGAAGUGCUGAGGAUGCAUCCCCCGGGCCCACUUCUCUCGUGGUCUCGCCUCUCAAUAACGGAUUCUAUAGUCGACGGGCAUCACGUGCCCUCUGCCACCACCGCCGUCGUCAAUAUGUGGGCCAUCAUGAGAGAUCCUAACGUUUGGACCGACCCACUCACAUUCAAUCCCGACAGGUUCCUGGCCCAAACUACUCCAAUUGCCGAUCAGUUCUCGCUCUUAGGCUCCGAUUUGAGGAUUGCGCCUUUCGGGUCGGGCCGCAGGUCGUGUCCUGCCAAAACACUGGCCAUCACUACAGUUACCUUUUGGGUGGCCACGCUCUUACACGAAUUUCAAUUUAUGGGCGACGUCGACUUGUCCGAGGUACUGAAGUUGUCCUGUGAAAUGGCUAACCCGCUCGUGGUCAGGGUCCGACCGAGGCGUGCUGGUGUAUAG